UCAAAAAAUAAUAAUUAAAUUUGAUAUACAUUUGAACCGAAGUUUAGCGAAAUAACCCUAAAUCACAAACCAGAGGAAAAAUCGAAGGCAAAUUGUUCGUAGUGGAAGAAUUGCAGAAUUCGAAUCGAGAGGCUUUGCGUUUUAAUCUCGGAAGCGAUGAAAGGAGUGGGAGGACCAUUGCUGUCAAUCGGAGAUCUUCUUGCCGAUCUCGUUGAAGAAACUGUGGACUCAUCACCUCCACCAAAUCCUGAGAGUUCUUCCAAAUUGGAGACUGACGCCAUCUCUGGACCGUUGGAUCUAACCGGACUCUUUCAGGACAACUAUGAUAAACUGAACAGUGCUUUUGCUGGUUCUGAUCACUCAUGGACCUCUCUCACUCUGGAGCUUUGCGCUUCCUUAGAAACUGCAAACAAGUUGGUCCAAGACACCACCACAAAUGCUAGAUUCUUGUCAGAGAAAGUGGGAGAACUCGAGAAAAUAGUGAAACAAGGAGAUUCAGCAGUCGCAGCUGCCAGAACAGUUCACGCUACGGUUAACCAGAAAGGUUUACCCUCUUAGGACAACAUAAUUAAUGCUUUACCCAAAGAACAAACCAACCGAUUGGGUUGUAUUUAAUCCUUUUUACAAAAUGAUCCUAUUUGCCUUGUGUCUAGAUGUAUCCUGAAUGGUUAAGGAUAUGAAUAUACAAUCUUUUGACAUUA